AUGAUUCUCUCUCGCAACACUACUCUAAUAUCUUCGGAUACCUCGCCGUCAUCGUCCGCACGAGCGCACCUCGGCACAUCUUCUGUCCUGAAGCUCAGACGCCACCAGGACCUUCACUGCAGCUUCAGACGCACUUGGGGGAAAUAUCACACGACGAAGAAAAACCUGAUAGUUUGCGCCGCAGCAGCCGAAGCCGCCGUCACAAUGAGCCUGAAAGCGGACGCGGAGCCGAACAACAACGUUUCCAUCGAGGAGGAGGUGCGAACCCUGUUUGUCAGCGGGCUGCCCGUCGACAUCAAACCGCGGGAACUUUACCUCCUCUUCAGGCCUUUUAAGGGCUACGAAGGGUCACUGAUUAAGUUAACGUCAAAGCAGCCUGUUGGGUUUGUAACUUUUGACAGUCGAUCUGGAGCUGAAGCUGCCAAAAAUGCACUAAAUGGAAUCCGUUUUGACCCCGAAAGUCCCCAGACCCUGCGCUUAGAGUUUGCUAAAGCCAACACGAAGAUGGCAAAGAGUAAGCUGAUGGCCACACCGAACCCCACAAAUAUCCACCCUGCUCUAGGAGCUCACUUCAUUGCACGGGACCCAUACGACCUGACGGGGGCCGCGCUGAUCCCAGCGUCGCCCGACGCCUGGACCCCCUACCCCCUGUACACCACGGAGCUGACCCCCGGCCUCCCUCACGCAGCCUUCACUUACCCGGCGGCCGCUGCCGCCGCCGCAGCCCUCCACGCCCAGGUGAGGGACCAACCGAUGCGCUGGUACCCUACUCCCUCUGAGACUUCCCAGCCUGGAUGGAAGUCCCGGCAGUUUUGUUAGAUGUUUAGCAUCUGGAAACCCCACCUUUGUCCAGCUGAAGUGAGGUUUGCCGAGCUCAUUAAUUUAAUCAGGUUUAUUUAAUGGACAGAUGUGCAUUAUUAUAAACAAACGGUAUUUAUAUCUUCUCCUAAACGUUUCUGGGGGAGUCUGAGUUGAAACCAUCUUGCUGUCGACAAUCUGAGCUUAACCUUGGCAACUAUUGCGGUACCAUCCUAGCACUACUUAAAACCUCAUGCAAUCCCCCAGUCAAACUCCAUGGAUCAUCAUUGCUGAGGAAAACUGACACAUUGGAGUUGGUUGUUAAGCUAUUCCUUCCGCGGGUUCCUGCUCCUGGGAGGCUUGAAAGCAUCGAGUCAUUGCAUGUUAGUAUUUUGGCAUGAACUUAGAAUGCAGAGUCCUGUGUAUCCUGAUUUUCUUAGUGUUUGUGUUGCCUCCUUACUUGGACUAGACAGCAAAAUGUUUUGUUUUCCUGUAGAACCUUGCUCUUACCUCCUGUGAAAGCUAGGCUGUUGUGUUAAUGGCUUAUCUCGCAUGGACCUUGUGAAUGCAUCCCUAUGUUCUGACAAUCCCCGUCCUUUAUGAUCAUAUCAGUGUCUGUCAUUAUUUGAGCAAUGGAAAAGUACAAAUAUUUUUGUACUUUUUGUGUAAUGUAUAUUUAUGCAUUUUUGUGCAACUAAAUAAUGAACCUGUAUAAGUUGGAUGUUUAGUCGUCUCUUGUGUUUUUGGUGUUAAUUUUUUGAUCCUAUAAUCCUGUUGAAGUAGUUUUAAAGAAGAAAAAAAGUGCAAUUUGUUUAAAGGGGUUGUAGGUAUCUGUCAAAUGGAAGUAUCCUGAAAGUGGCUCGUGCCAUUGUGCUAAAAUGAGAUUGCCAUAAAACGGUCUUUCAGAAUGUGAAACUGGACUACAAGCGACUAGGGUUGUGUUUUGGGGGCAUUUUGAAACAGACGGGAUUAGAAUAAUGGAGAAAUUUAGUUUGUGGUUUAGAAAAUGUUUGUCUUUGUAUCUGCUGUGCAUAAGAUGUAAAUAAAAAAAAAUCCAUCUUAUGAAUAAAGGAAGUGAAUGCA